AUGCAAUCAGCGCCACAAACAUCCACCUGUCAUCUUUAUGCUACCGGAAAACUCUCGGUUACACCACGUUGCAAAGCUGCGAAUGAACUAUUGCUCUGCUCCUCCUCUUCACCAUCAUCAUCAGGUCCGAACAAGGGAGGCCCUUUUUCAUUUUGCUUUCGACGACUUGCUUCGCUACUAUCACGGAUCAUUUAUAAACAUCCAUCUACACGCCAUCCAUUACGUAAACGCACCAACCAUUACUAUUCAAGCCAUCUAGAGGAUUAUCGACUUUUACAAGAGCUUGGGUGUGGAGGAUCAGCUAUAGUAUUCGCCGCUAGUUAUCGACCACGAUCAUCAUUGAUAGCCUUGAAACAGGUGGAUUUGAAUCGUUGCAGGAUAUCUGAUAAGGAGAUUACCGCCCUACGCAGAGAAAUUCAUAUCCUCUCCCGUUGCCAUCAUCCACACAUUAUCAGCAUUCUCCGAAGCUUCACGGUGUCACAUCACAUGUACCUUGUCAUGCCAAUGAUGAUAGGAUCUUGCCGAGACCUUUUAACAGACUUUUUGCCCGACGGGCUAGAGGAGGAAUCUAUAAUAGCCUGCAUUCUCAGGCAAACCAUUUCUGGACUACGUUAUCUACAUGUCAAUGGUGUCAUCCAUCGUGAUGUCAAGGCAGCCAAUAUCCUUGUCGACCAAACAGGCGUUGUCAAGCUGGCUGAUUUUGGUGCAUCUAUCAUCAUCCACGAUGAUGAUCCACAGCAACAACAACAGAAACGAAAUAGUCAAUUCUUGACGGUGCCUCAAUCUACAUCAUGUCCUUGUCGGUCUUUUGUUGGUACGCCCUGCUGGAUGGCCCCAGAAAUGAUACAACAUCUUGAGUACACUGAAAAAGUCGACAUGUGGGCACUUGGUAUCACAGCAAUCGAGCUGGCUUGUGGCUCUCCACCUUUUUGUGAUGGCACACCUGCUACGAUCUUCUCAAGGGUCAUUUAUGAACCUUCCCCCACAUUGGAUAGCGCCAAGUAUUCUGACAACCUACGCGACUUUGUGUCCAAAUGUCUUGAAAAGGAUGUAAAAAAACGCAUCUCCGCUGAUCACGCCUUACACCACCCAUUCAUUGUGUCCGCCUUUUCAUCCUCUCAUCUUGCUACAUGGUUGCACAGCUUACAGUAUUCACCUCAUCAUGCGAACAAUGAUAUACAACGCAGCUACAGCAUGGCAUCUCUGCAAGCGGAUCAUGACGAGGAGGAAGAAGAUGAUGAUUCAGCACCCACUACUCCUGAUGAUGUUUCUCCAACAUCUUUGCACAUCCCCAAUCGCAACCUUUUAUUACACACACCAAAAGAGUUUCAUUUGUUUUGA